UUGCACGAGCCCCUGUUUUUCGCGCGAGCUCUUGUGUUGUGUGUGCGCGAGCCCUGCCCCUGUUUCCAGGCAGAUAGUAGUCAACAUGGCGGCGACGGGUAACGAAGAACAGACGUUGUUGCCAGAUAUCGAAAAGGAGGCUGAGGGCAUGGAGCGAGAGAUGGAGUCGGCGGAGGAAGAAGAAGAAGGGAUGGGAGUCGAGCAUUCCGAGGAGGAAGAUGAAGAGGAUACGUCUGAGGACGAGCGGGAGAAUGAAGCGGAGAUCCAGAGGCUGGAGGAACAGUUGUCAAUCAACGUGUUUGACUACAACUGCCAUGUUGACCUAAUCAAACUCCUGCGGCAAGAAGGGAAGCUUCACAGACUACGCAAGGCCAGGCAGAAGAUGAGCGAACUCUUUCCUCUCACUGAAGAGAUUUGGCUGGACUGGCUGAAGGAUGAAAUUCGCCUAACAGAAGAUGAAUCAGACCGUGAGAAAGUCUACGAGCUGUUCGAGAGGGCUGUCAAGGAUUAUGUCUGUCCAGAGAUCUGGCUGGAAUACGUACAGUACUCCAUCGGGGGAAUGGGAGCCCAGGGAGGCAUUGAGCGGGUGCGUUCCAUCUUUGAGAGGGCGCUGACUGCAGUGGGUUUACACAUGACUAAAGGAGCUACAAUCUGGGAGGCCUACAGGGAGUUCGAGAUUGUUAUUCUCUCCACAGUACAGCCUCCUCCUGGAAGCGUUCCAUCACAGGAGCAGCAAGAGUUGUUGAAAGCCCAGCUCGAACGCAUACACACGCUCUUCAGGCGGCAGCUAGCUGUACCUCUGAUGGAUAUGGAGGGAACAUAUGCGGAAUACUCUGAUUGGGCCGACGAUGGUGUACCUGAGAUGGUCCCAUGCCAGUACAGACGUGCCCUGCAACAGUUGGAGAAAUGCAAACCUUUCGAGGAGGCUUUGCUGGUCUCUGAAACUCCAAAGCUGGCAGAGUAUCAAGCCUACAUAGAUUUUGAAAUGAAGGAAGGAGAUCCGGCUCGUGUCCAGAUAAUAUUUGAGCGAGCGCUGGUGGAGAAUUGCCUUGUGCCGGACCUGUGGAUCAAAUACACCACAUAUCUGGAUCGUCAGUUGAAAAUUAAAGACCUAGUGUUAUCUGCUUAUGAGAGAGCCGUCAGGAACUGUCCCUGGACCAUGGGCCUGUGGAAGAGCUAUCUUUUGGCUCUAGAGAGGCAUGAGGCUGACCAUCAGACAGUGACAGAUGUGUUUGAAAAGGCCCUGAACGCAGGGUUCAUCCAGGCGACUGAUUAUGUAGAAAUCUGGCAAUCUUAUCUGGACUACCUGAGGAGACGUGUUGAUUUCAGCAAAGAAUGGAGCAGGGAGUUGGAUGAGCUGCGGGCAGCUUUUGCACGCUCCCUUGACUACCUGAAACAGGAUGUAGAAGAGAGGUUCAGUGAAAGUGGAGAUCUGUCCUGCACAAUAAUGCAGAUCUGGGCAAGGAUAGAGGCCUUACACUGUAAGAACAUGCAGAAGGCCCGUGAACUGUGGGACAGCAUCAUGACAAAAGGAAAUGCAAAACAUGCCAACAUGUGGCUGGAAUAUUACAACCUGGAAAGGUCAUAUGGAGAUGCUUCUCACUGCAGGAAGGCUCUCCACAGAGCUGUACAGUGUACAUCAGACUAUCCUGAGCAUGUCUGUGAUGUCCUGCUCAGCUUUGAAAGAGUGGAGGGCUCUCUGGAAGACUGGGAUGCUGCUGUCCAAAAAACAGAGACUAAAAUCAACAGAGUCAUUGAGCAGAGAGCAAGAGUGGCUGAAAAAGAGGCUCUCCAAGCCAGACAAGAGGAGGAGAAAGCCGAGCACCGGAGGAAAGCCAAGGCAGAUAAAAAAGGCCAAAAAAAGAGCCAGAAAGCAAACAGAAUGGGGGAUAAACGGAAAGCUGAAGAUGAGUACGAGGAGGAAUGGGGAGAGGAUGCAGAGCUGCCGUCCAAGAGGCUCAGAGGGGAGGAGGACUUUGGUAGCACAGCCACAGAGGAGCUCAUGGAGACAGAAAGUGGGCUUUUCGGCCGACGAGCUCCACCACGUAAAACUGAGCCACCUGGUUUCCGUAAGAAUCAGCAGGGAUCAUCUGAAGCACCGCGACAACCCCAGGAUGUAUCAAAGGAGCCACGCAAAGAUGAAAAUAGUGUAUUUGUCAGUAACUUGGCUUUUAAUCUGGAUGACCCAGAUGGCAAGCUGCGAACAUUGUUUCAGGGUUGUGGGACUGUACAGCAGGUGCGGCCCGUAUUUUCAAUGAAAGGUGUGUUUAGAGGCUAUUGCUAUGUGCAGUUUGAGGACCGACUGGCUGUACCUGAGGCACUGAAACUGGACAGGCAGGAGGUGGAUGGGCGGCCCAUGUAUGUGUCUCCUUGUGUGGACAAGAAUAAGAAUCCUGACUUCAAGGUAUUUAAGUACAAAACAGCAAUGGAGAAGCACAAGAUCUUUAUCUCGGGCCUGCCGUACACGUGCACUAAAGAGACACUGGAGGAUCUCUGUAAACAGCACGGCACAGUGAAAGCCAUCCGGCUGGUCACCAACCGUUCUGGCAAACCCAAGAGUUUGGCGUAUGUGGAAUAUAUGUCUAGACAGGAGGUCACAGAGACGAAAGAAUAG